UCUUAUAGUACGCGAGAAAUUUGUGAGCAGCAUGCUCAAGUACAAAAAAGGUAUCGUCACGAUCAACGACGACGAUGUACUGAUCCUAUCGACUUUGAAGGUAUAUUGAGCAUUAUUGGAGGCUGCACCUGGUGGCAGCUUUGGGUGUACCUGUUGAUAAGCAUACAGCGAGUUCCCCAUGCAAUGUUUGAUUUAAGUAUUGCUUUCACAAUGUAUCAACCCGACCAUUGGUGUCAGGUAGGUCUCGACCAGCUUCGUAGAAUGAAAUUCACCAAAGCGAUGGCAGCAGUAGCAAACGAAAGUGCUGAAAGUGUUGCGUGCCACCGGUGGGAAUAUGCAACUGACGUGAUGGAAAGUACUGUAGUAACGGAAUGGAAUCUCGUUUGUGGAGAAGAUUAUAAACGAGCUCAUGCACAUCUGUUCUGUGCGUUUGGGUUUCUUCUCGGUUGUCUAAUAGGUGGCUUUGUCUCUGAUAGAUAUGGACGGAAGUCUACAGUACUUGGCUUUUCUAUUCUGUCAGCGUUGCUCGGAAUGCUUUUACCUUAUAUUACCCACUUUUCCGUAUUUUUGCUUCUUCGCUUUCUAGGCGCUAUAUGUAAUGAAGCUGCCGAUCUUGCUGCUUACGUUCUAUGUAUUGAAGUUGCAGGUAUUCGUUACCGGGGAUUACUUGGUAGUCUUCUUCAAAUUCCAUGGGCGCUGGGAUAUAUUGUUGUUACUCUUGUUGCCUACACUUAUAAAUCUUGGCACAAAAUCCAGAUGAUAACUGCCUUCGCUCAUGUCAUUGCGGCACUGCUCAUAUGUUUGCUUCCAGAAAGCCCUCGGUGGUUGAUUGCCAAUAAUAGGGUUGAGGAAGCAGAACGAAGCAUACGCCACUUUAACCGCUCCGCUUUACCAUGUGAUCUGGAACUGGUAAAACAUUCUGAACAGCAUAGUUGGGUGAAACGUAAUCAACGCGCUAGUAUGUUUAGCAUCUUCAAAUCACGGGUACUAUUUCUGAGGACGGUUAUUAUAUACGCCAUUUGGUUGAUUACUACUGUGGUGUAUUACAGUCUAAUCGCAGUUUUAUCAGAUGAAUCGGGUCCCGGCCAGUAUUUAUUUGGUGGUAACUUCUUUGUAAGUAAUGCCAUUACAGCCAUUUCUGAAGUGCCUGCAGUACUUGCAAGUAUUUAUCUGCUUAGAUUUGGUCGGAGAAGCUCCGAAAUGAUCAUGUUGGGUGGUGCCGCUAUAUUUAUGGUUAGUGUCGCCCUUAUCUGUCUCCUUGUUGGCAAAAUGUGUAUUCAAGGUUCUUUCAACAUACUGUAUAUAUUUACAUCGGAAUUGUACCCGACUGUCGUUCGAGGAGGUGCAGUUGGUGUUAACUCAAUGGUUCCUCGUUUUGGCUCUGUUUUCUCGUAUUAUGUGCCAGUACUGUCAGGCAUUGCAUCGUCUGUAAUACCCUUGGUGUUUUUUACAAUAGUUUCACUUUUUGGUACAAUUUUGGUCGUCUUUCUUCCUGAAACUCGUGACAAGCCAUUGCCAGACACUUUACAGGUACGGUUCGAUAUUGAUGCAGUAACGUUUCUCAAAAAUACUGAUGGCUUUACUUGUUUUAAUUGUGGUAGAUGCAAAAAAAAUACCUCAGCAACUAGUGAAGAUGAUAAUAAUAGAGAAAUGCAAGAGUGCCACUUUUUUGGAAAAGAAAUGGAGGAAAAUGAUUCAAAUUCUGGAAGGUUACGCCGUAACUCGUUGACAGUAAAAACUACUAAAAGAAUUUGA